CCAGGUCAAAUUUUGUGAGGUAGCGUGACCCAUGGACUUGUGAUGAUUGGUUCUCAGUCUCUUCUCGAAUAUUUCACAACCAAGAUGUCUGCUUGUUCGCUAGUAAAAUUAUCGGCCUCUACCAUUGUGCAGGAUGGAUGUAUUGUGGAAAGAUAUGACUUGAGCACUUUGCCAAGAGCUGUUCUACAAGAGCUUCUUUUGACUUCCAUUUCUCAAUCCAGGAUUCUCUGUUUAAGAACUUUGAUCGUGAACUGGCCUUUAAGACAACUCAUAUUGCAAAAUGUUCAAGGUUUUGAUGAACCGAAAGCAGUUCUGCUGGCGUACUGUUUGCAGAAAUUUAAAUGCGAUUUACAACUUGUCGACAUUAGGGGAUGUAACAUUGGUGAGUUAUAGAUAUUCGAUAUUUGUUUCACGUCAUAAAAUUAUGCAAAUUUUCAUAGCCUUUAUACUGUUAUGCACCUAUCAAUAUUAAGCCUGAAAUGUUACCUUAAAACUGUGGGGUCCUCCCCCCUUUAAGUUUGACGGGUUCAUUACAUUUUCCCCCUUGGGAAGGAUACCCAAUGUAAAAUAACUUGGUGAGACGUGCUGCCUUACUCUUCAAAUCCUUAUUCUGAUCAGCUCUUUAUACAAACACAUUCAGAAAGUUUUAGAACUCAUAUGAGCGUCGUUGGGAAUCUCUAGCAAUGUUUGGAGGUCGUCUGAACACCUUAUUGAUGUUUGGAAAUUGUCAGUUUCUCUAAAUGGGGUAAGAUCAGUUUUCUGUAAUUGGGGUUGGAUAUCUCACAAACUGAGUAAUAUAUGUCACCCAAAGCCCAACUUUGUUGCCCCAGAGGUAUCUGGUCUCCUCUCAUCAAUACAACCCUGGCUUAAACUUCAUCUUUUUUGGAUUUUUAGGUCUUCAUGGAACCACAGCAUUUUGCAAGCUUGCAGGAGAUAUUCAAGUUUCAGACAAUGAUGUGUUGGGAAUGAAAAUUUUGGACACACGUCCAACAGCAGAAUAUAUAAAAGAAAACUUUCCAACUAAAGCUUUAUGCCAGAGAAUUCCUCCAACAGUGGUUAUGCUAGAUUGUGUUGUUGACAAAGACAACUGUGGCCUUGUAAUCCAGGCUUGCAUCAAGCACUCAGUUAUUGAUUUAAAGAUAUCACAUUUGAAAGUAGAUUCCAUUAGAGGGAAUAAGCUUCGCACCUUGUUGUCUUCUUUGGAGGUGGGAAGAAAGAUAAGUUAUUUACAUUUCAGUUAUAGUCAAUGACAGUCUAUCAAAUAUAAUCAUGAUCAGUUAUAAUUGGUGGUAGAGUUUUGCUAUGUGGUGCUCUGCUUCAUACAGGGAAAAUGUGGGAUAAAAAUGGGAAAGGACACUUUUUUUCAACCCUUUACACCCUAGCAUCAGUAUGCAUGUUCUCCAUACUGUUCUUUAUACAUUUCCUAAGCUUCUAAGAAGGAGAAUUUGUUGAACAAUCAGGAGCUUCUUUAAAUGGUGAUAAUCUCCUCCAUUCUUGUGACCUUAAUGUGUGAUUCAGAUUGUAAGGAGAAAUUACAUACCAGUCACUCUUAGGGGUCAUAGGGUCAAUCAUUGACCUGCUCUAUUUCACAUUAUAUAACAAGCUCAGUUAUGCACGCAUUCUGAUUGGUUCUCACUUAUGAUCUAUUGGAGGACAGAUGUAUAGAUGAUGUCAUCAUGAAACCACUUACCACAUUUUGACAUCAUCUGUGAUCUAUUACUGAACAGACGCAUGCCAACUUGGAAUCUAUUUGUUAAAUAUAGCACAAAGUGCAGAAAAGAAAGGAAAGCAGGAGAGAGGUCUGGAGGAUUCCUCCCCUUCUGUACCACUACCACAUGUGUGUUUUCUUACCAAGUAAGGAGGAGGCCUUUGUAAGAGAAAUAAUGUUUUUAUAAAAUACUUUCAUGUUGAUAUUCACCAUUUUCUGUUUUACUUUAGUCUUCAAUCAUCAAAGGCUUAAACCUGGAAAUGAAUGGGCUACAGGAAGACGGAAUCAAAGUUAUAUCCCCUAUUAUCUCAACCUUUACGAACUUAACAGAUCUUAAUCUUUCCUACACUGGUAUAACAAGUCAGAACACUUCUGCUAUUCAGGAAAUAGCCAAUAUUUGCCAUAGAGUAACAACGCUAAGAAAGCUUGAUCUUUCUGGUAACUAUAUCCGGUCUGGAGUAAAUACUAUUCUCAAUCAUCUACAAUCACCCUUGACUCAUCUGGAUCUUAGAGGAUGCGGGGUACGAGAAUCUGACCUCCGUGAAAUGUGCAAACUGGACACUUUAGAGCAUUUGCAGUCUUUGAAAUUAGAUGGCGGUGCAUUUGUGAACUGUAUCAAACUGUUGUGCCGUUUUGUUCUUAAGUCAGCAGCAACGUUGGAGUAUUUGUCACUUGAGGAUCACAUGUUUAAUUCAUCUUCUGUUUCUCCCCUUUGUCAGAUGAUCACAACACUGCCUUUGCUAAAGAGAUUGUCACUAAGCUACAAUCAUUUUUCACCUGAUGAUUUUAGAACAUUCAAAGAAAACUUUCCAGCUCUAGAAUUGGUUUAUAAGGAGUGGCUCUAUUAACUUCGGAAAUUUGAAUGAAGUUUUGCUGUAUGUUAGAUUCAAGGUAAGCAGACAUGCAUAGUAAAGAGUGAAAAACACGUUGCUGUCUGCCGGGACUUCGGUUAUUUGAUAAAUGCCUCUAAAACUCAGCCUCUACAUUACUGGAAACAAAAGACGGGAUGUAAAUAGGUUUUUGGAUGGUUUUUGGUGGGG